AUGUGGAGUCCUUUUCCACUCCUCCGGGUGUUAUACCGAUGGACCAGAACCUUUAUUCGACGUGGCUUUCUCGUCACACUGCCAUUGACUCUCUUCUACCUUGUGCUUGGUGGUAUUGUAGGCCUGCUUCUGGCUGACUACGAGACCCGGCUAUACUUUGCCUCUCUGAGGCAUGUCGAAGAGAAUUUCGAGUCCGCACGGCAGCUGGACUGGUUCUCCGUGCCUGGUGCGCCGGGCAUUCACGAUCUCGGAGUCGCGCCAUUCUGGAUCCCCCAGCUCCGUGAUCCUACCAACUGGUGGACGAAGCUCGACCUGGAACGCUUCGACGUCUCCCCCAUUUUGGAGGACAACGACACGCCGUUGAAUCAAUUCGCCUUGCCGAACUCACUGUACCGGAGAACAGAUAAGGAGGCCGAGGGCGCAUGCUGGCACCACUGGAUCUACGCCUCAGACCAGAUCCUACACAUCGGUGAGCUGUUUUGGGACCCCUGGGACAGCGCAUUCAACCAGCUCCUGCAAUACCACUACGCCAACCCAGCGCCCUGUAACGCGAGCUUCCACUACCUCACGUGUCCCGGCUCAUUCCUCUGCGACAUCUGGAAGACAAGGGGCCCUGCGCUCAUCCACUUCACGACGGAGAAGGCGGACCUCUGGCCACAAUUGGACCAAGUGGUGAGAGAGGCCGUUGCAGGCUACACCCCCGUCACAGCGCGCAUAAUUGAGUUUCCUAUCAUCUACGACGAUGAAAUGACCCUGGCGCCUGGAGUUUUCCCGACCCCCUUCGACCAGAUGAAGAGCGUCACGAGCGACCCGUACAUCUGGCAAGCACACGUUCCGUGGACGGCUGAGUAUCAAACGCAGGUCCGGCUCGACGAGAUCAUUGAGCAAAAAAGCAGAGCAUAUCCGAGGUCCUUUGGAAGAGUCAAAACGCUGGACAGCUGGCUGUUGCAUAAGGCUAUCCGCCCCUUGGGGCUGGAAACCCCACGCAUGGUCGUCGUGAAUAUUGGGAUGGUGGCCAGCGCUCUCGGCUGGAGAUGUGUCGAACUAUCAGGGGACUUGGUUACUGCGUUCUUGGGCGCAGAGGAUGCCAAGAGAAGAGAUCGUGAGGCUUGGAUGGAGGAGGAGCGGGCGGCCAUGGGGCAGAGGGAGCCGAAUUUUAUCGCCCAGAUGAUGCGGGACUUUUUCGACACGGAGCAGGGCAGCUUCUAUGAGAAGAAGAUUGAGUCUUCUCCUGAGGGGCAGGAAGCGUUGAGCAAUAUUUGGAACAUUGUGAGAAACGGGGUGAAUGGGCAGGGUGAGGGAAAGGGUGAUGAUGGUGAGAAUAUCAAGGCACAAGCGAUGUAG